AUGGGUUGGGACAUCGCAACAGUCAACGAAGAAAGGCUAAUCGACCUCUGCCACAAGGCCGAGAAGGAAAUCGGCGCGACCAGAGGACUUACAGAAGGAGAUCAAGUCAUCCAGCUUUCCGACCACAUCGCAGUCAAGUACGGCUACGGCGUAAUAGCCGUCGAAGUAGCUACCCAAGAGCUCUACGUGCCAGGUCAGAACCUGGCAGACGUUGAUCUAGAAACCCGCAAAGACAUCCUGCCACGUAUUGCAAAGAUAGCAGUACACCUGGGCCAGAUCCAAGCAGGCCACCAGAGGGCACCUGGCCCCGUCGGCGGCGGCGAACCGCGUGGAUAUCUAUGGGGCGAUGAUGGCGCGAACACCGUAUAUAACUCUGCCUCGGACUUGAAUACAUACAUGAAUAAACGUCUGAAGCUACGCAAUGAUUCGAUCGAUCUAGCGCCCCAUCCCCUCGUGCUCUGCCAUCUGGACCUCUGUCGAAGGAACUUCAUCCUCAAGGAUGAUGGUGUCUCUUUUGUCUUGUUAACUGGGGAUCGGCUGGCUUUUAUCCCCGCUUCUUUGAGAUCGUUAUGA